GCAGGCAUUCAGUUCCAUCUAAGCGAUUGGCCGAGGCGCCGUUGAAUAAAGCGUUCGGUGAUUGGUCCAGACUCCGCGGACCAAUCCAAACAUUUGAUUAAGUCAUGCCUUUUUUUCAAACUUGGGACGAAUUUACAAGAGCAGCCGAAAAGUUGUAUUUAAAAGAUCCUAUGAAGGUACGAGUUGUACUCAAGUAUCGACAUUGUGAUGGAAACUUGUGUUUAAAAGUGACAGAUGAUGCAGUGUGUUUGCAAUACAAAACGGACCAAGCCCAGGAUGUGAAAAGAAUUGAAAAGUUUCAUGGGCAGCUGAUGAGGCUCAUGGUAUCAAAGGAGUCACGAAGUGCACAAAUGGAAACGGACUAAGCUUUAAUGGGGAACAAAGAUGGACAAUUAUUUUAGAAAUUUGAUGCUGGUGAGCACAUUUGAGGAACAAAAUGAACUAUGAAAGAGGGAUUUUCAAACCACCAUAGACUUAUUUAGUUUAUGGACAAAUGGUGGUAAAACUUGGUGUUUCACAGCAGAGUUGCACGUGUUAAUUUAGAAAGUUUUCUUGAACCUCCCCCACCCCCUCCUAAAAUAUUGGAAAUUUAUCAUAUUUAUCACCUGGAGAGGUGUGCAUACAAGUUACUGCAGUUUUAUUUUGCUGGAAAAUGUCAUGCUGUGUUUAUAGUACAACAAAAUCUGUAAUUGCAAUAUGGAAUUAGUGUAUCCCUUGUAGUGCUCUGAAUAAAACUCUACAUUAUACAGA